GGCCAUGCCUUAGUUUCUCUGUAGUGGCCGGUUCGAGAAGAGCUGCCACGAGGGAAAAUCAUCGCGCCUUCUAGUACGCGUCUGUCCACCCUAGAUUACGGAACAGCUGAGCGCCUAUUCGAUUCAUCAUGUCAUAUUGCACGCGCGUUCUUCGUGCACAGAAGCUGACCGCUUUAGCGGCGGAUAUACAGCAACGAUGCUUCAGCGCGAGCCCGUUGAGCUUCGCCGCUGCCAAGGUGGCGAUGUCCAAAUUCGAUUCAAACAGCUAUCUCCCUUACGACAAACUGGCAGAAAAUCUCAAAGUAGUUAAGAAGAGGCUGAAUCGGCCGCUAACUCUGUCCGAAAAAGUUCUGUAUUCUCAUCUCGAUGAACCUGACAAGCAAGAAAUUACCCGCGGAACCAGCUACCUCCGAUUGCGACCGGAUCGUGUCGCCAUGCAGGACGCGACUGCUCAAAUGGCAAUGUUGCAAUUUAUUAGUUCUGGUCUUCCAAAAGUCGCAGUACCCUCCACCAUUCACUGCGAUCACUUGAUCGAGGCUCAGAUCGGCGGUAACGAAGAUCUUAAACGCGCCAAGGACAUCAACAAGGAAGUUUAUAACUUCUUGAAGACUGCGGGUGCUAAAUACGGCGUUGGCUUUUGGAACCCUGGCUCCGGCAUCAUCCAUCAGAUCAUCCUUGAGAAUUAUGCGUUCCCCGGUCUAUUAAUGAUAGGUACUGAUUCGCAUACUCCAAACGGAGGCGGUCUAGGUUGCCUGUGUAUCGGUGUCGGCGGUGCCGACGCCGUCGACGUCAUGGCGAACAUCCCGUGGGAGCUCAAGUGCCCCAAGGUUAUUGGCGUAAAACUCACGGGCGAGCUCAAAGGCUGGACCAGUCCCAAAGAUAUUAUCCUGAAAGUCGCCGGUAUUCUCACCGUCAAGGGCGGUACCGGCGCCAUCGUCGAGUAUUUUGGGCCAGGCGUUGACAGCAUCAGUUGCACUGGCAUGGCUACCAUUUGCAACAUGGGUGCCGAAAUUGGCGCAACCACUUCGAUCUUCCCAUAUAAUUACAGAAUGCAGGAUUAUCUGAAGGCGACCGGACGCUCGGAGAUUGCUGGCGCUGCCGAUCAGCAUAAGGAGAGUCUAUUAACGGCCGACUCUAAUGCUAAAUACGAUCAGAUCAUCGAAUUAGACUUGUCGACUCUGGAGCCGCACGUGAACGGACCGUUCACACCGGACUUGGCUCAUCCGAUCUCUAAAUUGGGCGACGCCGCUAAGAAGAACGGCUGGCCAAAUGAGAUCAAGGUCGGUCUGAUUGGUUCCUGCACCAAUAGCUCCUACGAGGAUAUGGGUCGAUGCGCAAACAUCGCCAAGCAAGCUCUAAAGCACGGUUUGAAAGCAAAAUCUGCGUUUAACGUCACACCUGGAUCCGAGCAAAUUCGCGCGACAAUCGAACGCGACGGAAUCGCACAAACGCUUCGUGAAUUUGGUGGUACAGUAUUAGCUAACGCUUGCGGGCCCUGCAUUGGUCAAUGGGAUCGUCAGGAUAUCAAGAAGGGAGACAAGAACACGAUCGUCACAUCGUACAAUCGGAACUUCACAGGUCGAAAUGAUGCCAAUCCAGCGACACAUGCGUUUGUUACAAGUCCCGAGCUCGUCACCGCCCUCUCCAUCGCUGGUAGACUUGACUUCAAUCCGGUGAAAGACAAAUUAAAAGGCAAAGAUGGAAAGGAAUUCCUCUUGGAUAAUCCGUAUGGUGACGAAUUACCUAAUCGCGGUUUCGAUCCCGGUCUGGACACUUACGACGCACCACCAGCAGAGGGUGGCAAAGUUAAGGUCGACGUAGAUUCUAAAAGUCAAAGAUUACAAUUGCUAGAACCUUUUGACAAGUGGGAUGGCAAGGAUCUGGAGGAUCUAACAAUUUUAAUUAAAGUCAAAGGCAAGUGCACCACGGAUCACAUCUCUGCGGCUGGUCCGUGGCUCAAGUAUCGUGGACAUCUCGACAAUAUUUCCAAUAAUAUGUUCAUUGGUGCUGUCAAUUCUGAAAAUGGCGAGAUGAACAAGAUUAGGAACCAGUUAACGAAUGAGUGGGGUGCCGUGCCUGACGUUGCGCGCGAUUACAAAAAGAAAGGUGUAAGAUGGGUUGCGGUGGGUGACGAGAAUUACGGUGAGGGUUCCUCUAGGGAGCAUGCUGCCUUGGAACCACGCCACCUCGGUGGACGCGCCAUAAUCGUCAAGAGUUUCGCUCGUAUACACGAGACAAAUUUGAAGAAGCAAGGUCUCUUGCCAUUAACCUUCUCUAAUCCUGCUGAUUACGAUAAAAUUCAGCCUAACGACAAGAUCAGUCUUCUCGGAUUGAAGGAUCUGGCGCCUGGCAAGCCGGUCAAAGCACAAAUCAAACACAAAGAUGGAAAGGUGGACACAAUUAGUUUAAACCAUACAAUGAACGAGCAGCAGAUCGGUUGGUUCAAAGCCGGUUCAGCCUUGAAUCGUAUGAAGGAAAUUUCCAGUGGCGGACGAUAAGCUAACGCGCCGUGUGGGUAUUCAUUCGAUUGUCAUAUAGUGCGUAAAGCAUUUGUGAAAAUGGAAAAGGGAAACAUGCUAAAUGGGGCAAAGCCGAUCAGGGUAAUACAAUGUCAUCAUAUCCUUUCGGAAGCGAAUAAUAUGGUGUGGUGUAUAACCAUCGUAGCUCAAGCAACGAAAUAUCUAGAAUAUAUCGUAAAAGUAUCCAACAUACAUCUCUAAAGACUUUAGGUGUAUUUUUUCAGAUAUAUUUUAGAUAUAUGACGUGUCGUUAGAGUAAGCUUAGUUCAUUGUUGCCUUCUGCCUCACUUCUACUCGACAAUACUAAUUGCUUACAUGACGCGGAGGAGACGUACGUUCGCAAGUUUGGAAACUCUGACGGACGCAGCCUUAUUUAAUGUGUAGUCACGUAUCGGUUGAUGCACUUGUUUCGAAAUUCUUGUACAGUUUAAGGCGAUGCUACAUGUACAUAUAAUACAUAUACUCAUCACCAGCGAGAAGAUCUCGUCAUUUCCUAGUUGAGAUUUAACUGAUUUUAGAAGAAUGUACUGUUUCAAUGAGAGCCAAAUAAACUAUUAGUUAAUUAUUAGCGCA